CUGACGACACGUACAAUCGAGCUCCAUAAUAAAACGUACUUUCUCCAUGCAUCUGACUGCGACAGACCUCGCCAACUACAACCAUCUCAACUGCGACUUGUUCCUACAUAAUGCCUACCAUCGACGUCUCAGCUUGAAGAUCAACAACGCGUCCAGCGGGUCGGAGCUCUCCAAAGCCCAGUUUGCGCGAGGGCUGGAAUGGGAGCAAUCGUGUCUUUUUCCCUACUUGGAUCGGAGCAAUCAACUUCUCACUAUCCCAGGUCCAAUAGAUGGCAGCUCACUCAGCGCGAACAUCGAAGCAGACGACCGCGAUCACUUUUACAUCGCUGGAGUGUCGUUUUGGCCCCCGUCGCAAUUGGAGGAGCGAUUUCGUGAAGGCGGCUUUGAUCCUGUCAAGUUCGGACUGGCCAAACCUGAUCUGCUCGAGAUAACUCGAACACCGACUGGCGUUACCUGGAAAGUCAUUGACGCGAAGGCCGCCAAGACCGUCAAGACUUCGCAUCAUGUGCAAAUCUAUUUCUACUCUCUCUGUCUGUCAUAUAUCCUCCCCGAACCGUUUUUCAAGAGAGAUGGCAGCGCCGCAGUUUGGCUUCCACCUGCCGAUGGAUUCACUCCAUCCACUAUCCCCUCGCUCGAAGACAUCAGAUCUAUCCAGAUAGACUUGCUAGCCCCGUCUUUGGAUGAACUUUUAUUCCGUCGAUUGCCCAAGAUCCUGGGCUUGCCGAAGGCCAGUGUCCGCUGGCAUCUCAAUCCUCUGUGCCGCGAUUGCGCCUUUGAAUCAGAGUGCGCCGGGAAGGCUACGGAAGGACAAGAGAUAGGCUGUGUGCCCAACAUCUCUCUAGCCGAGGCCGAAGUCAUUCGCUCGCUCCUUGGCAUAUCUCGAGCGGCACGGGCCAGUGGACCGCGCGUGUCUGACAUUGAGGACCUGCAUGACCUGUUUCAGGAUGAAGGCAAGCUCCGUGAUUUGGUUCGCGGUUUCCCUAGCACAAUAAAGCGAGCAAAACGGAUUCUGUCGGUGACAAACGGUCAAAGUCCUUUGGUUGAAGCGGCAAGAAAGAAGGCGGUGCAGAUCAUUCCGCGGAGGAAUUUUACCUGUCCAAGGAGAGAGGACAUUGCUAUCAUCGUUUCCCUGAUUCAAGAUCCUUCGAUGUCAAACAGCGACAUAGCUGUGUUUGGCAUAUCUGUGUUCUCGGUCAUCCCUACUUUCCAACCGCAACCUAUCUUUGGUGAUGGUUCACAACUAGUUCCGCAGCUGGCCUCGCUGAUCACACGAAUCGAUGCUCUCGCCACCUCCGUUCCGUUUCCGCCCCUGUCGCAAUUCUAUGUAUUCUCUGCUGUGGAACACAAGGCAUUGCAGACCCAUCUCAUUCAAAGGGCGCUCUCGAUGCCACGCGAUGUGCUACUGGACGACUUGCGGAUGUGCAUUGGCGCACUGGCCGAGGGCGCAUCCCUUCUUCAGACGACUUUCCAGCCGCUCAUACUAUCUGGGGCGUUGCUCUCUUUCAUGCACAAGGGGCAGUUUAAAGUCGCGGGGCUGCGGAUGCUCUUGCAGCGGAUGGGUCUCUCGACAGCGGGCUCGGCUGAAGAGCUCCGACAGCGCAUCCAGGCUGAGAUACAUGCCCGAAGCGGUGAGGGAGAGGAUGACAAGCGCACAGAGCUGGGCCAGCUCCCUCGGGUUGUUGUGCUGAAGCGCGAGAUUGAGAGCCUGCUGGCCCUCCCGAUCCCUGGCUCAUGGGAUCUGCCGCAAUGCGCAUCGGCCUUGCUCCCGCCGCACGCGCCAGACCGGCAAUGUCCCGACGAGGAGGAGGUAUACCAAACAUACCGAAGGGAUGGACGCAGCGAGGCCUUGGACGAAAAGCUGGAGCAGCGCAAUUCCACUAUCUACGCUGUGUUGCAGACUAUGCGGAGCAGGGUCACUUCCUCGAAGCUCCUGGUCAACGACGCACGUGUCCUGACGCACGACUUUCUCGAUAUCUGCGAGGACGACACGUUGCGCAAACUGUUCUUCAUGCAACAGUUCGAAGUGCUAGCCAAACUGCUCGAGCUGUGGAGGUCACGAAUCGACGGAUGCCCCGAUGCCCCUCUUCUGGAAUACAAAGAGACGGUCCGAGGAAGCCAAGGUGCCGAGCAUGAAUUCAUCCUCGUCUCAGGCGCUGUCGAGAUGUCCAGCGGAGACAAGGCGUUCUAUGAUCACCUUCUGACCGCAGAUGAGUCGAGCCCCGAUGAGGUCCCGGUCGCUGCGUUUUUCGACGAUCUCGGUGUCUGCGGUCUUGUUUUUCCACUGACGAGAUACACGCGCGCCAAGUGGGACUCCCAGAAUUCUAUUGUGCGGCGGAAUCUGUUGGUGGCCGAUAUCCGCGACAUAAGCGUGGACGCGCGUCGGACGAGGGUGACCCUCAAGACUUGGGGAGAACCUGCGGCUCUCAAACUUGUCCCUGGCUGUCAUUACCGGCUCUCUCAACGCCUCGUCGAUUUCAACACCCACAAGAUCCUCACGACGUUGCUGGAUCUUGAUUUGCGCGUUGCCUCGCGGCCAGACAAGGUCCCUUUUCUGCAGAUCAUCACCGAUACCAAGGAGAUGGGCUCAAUCAUACCUGGAGAACAAUACAGGAAGGUCGAGAACAACAUUCAGUCGAUGUUUCGACAACUGAAAGAUCUCGGUGGCACGGAGGCUGCUGCCCUGGUUCUCAAAUCAUCGCAGCAUCGCGCUGUGCAACGGAUUCUCUGCAACAGAUUAUCUGUGAUCUGGGGACCGCCAGGAACGGGGAAAACGUACACCAUAGCCUUGGCCCUAUUGAGGUUACUUCAAGUGCAAUAUGAGUGUGGGGAACGCGAGGGUCAAGUCAUAUUUGUGACUGCAAUGACCCAUGCGGCAAUCAACGCAGUCCUGGCCAAGCUGUACCACCUCAAGACCUGCUACAAGUCAAUUGACGCGCUCGAUAUCAAGUGGCUGGGACUGAUCCAAAUUGAGCACGUACUCAACGGUCACGAUCAUUCCUUCUCGAAGAAGACGGGAAUGAGGAUAUUCGCAGGAACCGUGUGGCAGGUGUGUCGUCCGUGCGAGACUGAAAAGCAAGCUACCGACGCAACUGCUCAGCUGUACAACUUGUCCAAGCGCCACUCAUUUGAAGUGGAUGUAUGUGUCAUAGACGAGGCUGGCCAAUUGGCUCUGAGCGCUGCGGCUCUCGUUCUGAAGAACUUGAGCGCGGAGGGCCGGGUGAUCUUGGCAGGUGAUUCAGAGCAACUGGCCCCAAUUCUGGCUGCAGAGUAUUCCCAGCUCAGCACGCGCCCGCUGUUUGGAUCCAUCUUGGAUUGCCUCAUGCAUCUCUCGAAGAGAGUUCCCGUGCAAGAUACCGAAGUGAUGUCAUCCCAGGGUACCAUCGUCCAACUGACUGAAAACUUCCGGUCAGUCCAGUGUCGUUCAAGUCCUCUGACGUUGACAUCGGCCGUAGACUCAAUCCUGAUCUUGGGGAGUUCGUAUCCACCAUCUACUCACGAGCGUUCACGCCCCAGAAGAUACAAGCAAAGCAACUGGGGGCUCAGCUGCAGUCCAUCGAGCGCACACAUCCGCAUGAUCAGAUCUCCGCAGACAUCCGUCAAUUUCUGCUCGGGCUGUCGGCAGUGAUGCUGCGCAAGCCGCAGCCCGAUCUCCAGCGGCCCGUGGUCGCCGCCAGCAGACCAGCAGACGCUCCCGGAAGCCAUAUUCCCAUCUCGCUCGCGCUCAUCCGUUUGCAGACGGAGAGUGCGAGAUCGGAGGGUGUGAAUUAUGAGGCGCAUGUGAAAGGAGAAGCAGAUCUUGCCGCGGCGCUUAUCAGAUCGAUCCAGAAGUGCUGCCCGGGCGAGGACAUAUUCGUAGCAACGCCACACCGGAUACAGCGGCAGGCGGUACGAGCAGCCUUGCAAGACGAAGAAUUGAAUGAUGCCAUGGAUAGGCUCGCGUUGGCGAAUCCGGGAGGUGGUGGUCAGGUCAUCGUCGAUACCGUCGAACGACUCCAAGGCCAGUCCUUUCCCAGAGGUUUACUCGAAGCUGAAGACUAUGCAGGUUCUGAGGCAGCAUUCGUGAUAUGUCUGUUUUCUCUUCCACCAUCAGCCAGCAGCGACCUGCCGUUUCUCCUGGAGAGACGGCGGUUGAAUGUCGCCAUCAGUCGGGCGAAAACGCUCUGCAUUCUGGUGAGCUCGGCGACGGUGUUGCGGCCGUCGGCGCACGUUCUGGCGGACGAGCAGACCGCCAAGGGGUUUGCCUUUUUGAGGUGAGAUCUCAAGCACUACGUCUGCGUUCAACGACGAUGCGAUCUUAUCCAUAGGGCGUUCGAGGACAGAGCGUGGUCGACAGUGAUGAAAAUGAAUGUAGAUCAGUAUUAAUGCUUACCCAUAGCAAUCUGAAUUUCUUGCUUGAUUGUAAUCCGAUGGCCGCUGUGAUCAUAUCACGGCGUCCCAGCUUUUAACAUCGACUGAUUCUCUUUAUCCAACAGCCAUUUCGUCACAGCAACUGCGUACAAGCAAGUCAUGUACUCAAACAGCUGUUUAGAUGCAGAACCGGAACACAAUCCGGCCUGAAAUGAGCUCUCAAAUGAUGUGCGGUCCCACAGUCGUAUUCACACAUGACGCAAAGCUGAUUAAGAGGAUUGCACCAUCGGUGGUCAGCUUUAUAAUGGGAGGCCCUCGAGGGUGCCAAACAUUCUAUCACCCCACAUACGAUGCCCUCUGUCGACCAGAACAUCCAUCCCACGGCUACUGGAGCUGCUGCAGCCACAGUGCAGAAACACCAAGACCCGCAGGAGCUUGUGUUCUACGCCGGAUGGUUCUGUCCAUUUGUGCAAAGGACGUGGAUCACCCUAGAAGAGAAGGGUGUACCGUAUCAAUAUAAGGAGGUCAAUCCGUACAAGAAGGAGAAGGAUUUCUUGGCUAUCAACCCAAAGGGCCUCGUGCCUGCAUUCGAGUUCGAAGGGAAGGCGCUGUACGAGUCACUUGUGAUGUGUGAAUUCGUCGAGGAUCAAUACCCGAAUCACAAGCCGAGCAUACUUCCCGGGGAUGCAUACCAGAAAGCACAUGCCCGCCUCUGGAUCGACUUCAUCGGGAAAUCAUUCACGCCCGGCUUCAUGCGGCUGAUGAUGGCGCAAGGAGCGGAGAAGCAGGACAGCGCGCGAAGCGAACUGUACGACGUCCUGCGCAAGUUCUCCGCCCAGGUCAAGGGCCCGUAUUUCCUGGGAGAGGAGUUCAGCCUGGUGGACAUCGCGAUCGUUCCCUGGAUCACGCGUGACUAUCUGCUCGCCGAACAUCGCGGAUACAAGCGCGACGAUGUCAGUGAGCAAUGGAAGGCUUACGCCGCCCAUGUCGAGCAACGGCAGAGCGUCAUCAAUACCAAGAGUGAAAAAGACAAGUAUGCUGACAUCUACGGCCGAUACCUCAGAGACGAGGCACAGAGCGAGGCCGCCAAGGCAAUUCGUGAGGGCCGGGCUAUACCCUGAACCGUGUAACAUUGUAACAGUAAUGAAUCAUUCUAUUUUGUGUGAAGACCA